GAACUGCCUGAGCAUUUUCUCUCCACGCAUUCCAGGGAAUACAGAGAAGGCUGCGCAGUUUCAAGGCCAUGGCUGAUCCUGGGAACAGAGGAGGGAUCUACCGCCCCUUGAGUUUCACCUCCUCCCUGCUCAUUGUGGGAAUGUGCUGUGUGUCUCCUUUCUUCUGUCAUAGCCAGACAGAUCUGCUGGCUCUUAACCAAGCUGAUCCGCAGUGCUGGGAAUCUUCUUCAGUGCUCCUCCUGGAAAUGCGGAAGCCUCGAAUUUCCAACACUGUUUCAGGUUUCUGGGAUUUUAUGAUCUACCUGAAGUCGUCUGAGAACUUGAAGCAUGGGGCAUUGUUUUGGGAUCUGGCCCAACUCUUCUGGGACAUCUAUGUGGACUGUGUCCUUUCCAGAAACCAUGGCUUAGGAAGGAGGCAACUGGCUGGAGAGGAAGGGAAGAUCUCAGCAGUGCAUCCACAGCACACAGAGAAAAAGCAAGGUGCAUAUUCUGAGCAACCAAGGAUCCCUUCCCUAAAGAAGAAGGAGCUGAUUGAAGACUUGAUAAGCAUGCACAUACGCAGGAAUGGGUCUAAGUUCACUGGGAAAGUGACCACUGGCCUGGAAAUUAAGAGAAAAUAA